AGGGGAUAGAGGAGGAGGGGGUGGAAGGAGGAAGGGGUCAGAGGAAGAGGGGGUGAAAGGGGAAUUUGCCUUGCAUGUUUUAGCAUUUAAAAAUAUGGGGAACCAGAUGUCUUCUGUGGGUUUGAAGUCUCAAUGAAAUCCGCGAUAUAUUCUAUUUCCCUCGACAAUCGACUACUUUUCCAGAUUUAUCGGUUAAAUAUUGGCUAAUUGGCCAUUUUAAUUCGGUUAAUUGUCGGUUAAAUAUCGGUUUAAUCUCGACGAAAUCCUAAUUAACUUGAUUGAUGCGGUGGAUACAGCGUUGGGAAUUUGUGGAGUAGUCUUAGAGAUUGUUGAUUAAACUUCGAUUGAGUUUCAGCGAAAAUAUUCUGGAAUUUUUAUUCUUAAAAUUGAAUAUUGAGUCAGUGGAAUUCAAUUGGCCAUAUUGUAUAUUUUAUUAUCGUGAAGAUUGAAUUCUAGAAACGGUUCUCUGGAAGGCCAUCAGAUAAGCCUAUGAGUGGUAUCGAAAGGGCCCGGCAACCGGAAGUUUAAUCACUCCUUAAUGACUGGGUUUGGGCUUCACCCCUGCCCUCGCUACCGUCGACACAUGGUAUUUCGUAUACCCCAAUCUCCCAGGGGGUAUCCAACACCGGUUUCGAGAUGGAAUACCCUAAACCGAAUUUCGAGGCAUCUGCUAAAUUUGGGCUCAUCUUCCGGUAUUCUAAAUGAUUCUAAAUAAACCCCACGCGAUUAGAUUUUCGUCUUUGAAAUAUUUGAAAUAAAACUGAAGUCGAGGACGAACCGGAAGUUAAAAUAAUUUUGAUUCUCGAGGAGUGGCCGAAAUUCGGUCGAUGUCCGAUCAAUUCAACUCCUAAUCUACUGAAUUCGUAAAAAAUUCAGGAGUUCUGGGGGUUUUUUUAUUCAUUGGGGGAGGACACUUGGGGGUGAAAUCACCUGUUCCGGGGGUACAUUAUCAUCGAUCAACCCUCUUAAAGAUUCUUAGCAGCGGUGCACCAGGUGGUGCCAUCUGCCCUGGGGUUGUGGAAACCUGGGGCUGGAUAAUUUUGUGGUGGCUUACAAGGAGUUCGAUGUUUUAUUUAUCGUAAAUAUUGUUAAUAAUUAUUUGGUGCAUCGUUGCUGGAAUUAAAGAGAAACUGUCGGGCGCUUUCAAGGAGAAGCUGAGAGAUAGAAAUCAAUCAGGGGACAGGAUGGGCUCUUGCAGUGUGUACUUUUCUCAACUCCGAGCAAUGCUCGUGAGGAAUCUACUGCUCAAGAAACGAGAGAAACGAAAGACGACUGCGGAGGUUUUCCUUCCUCUGUACACCCUGGGAAUUCUCAUCGUGGUUAAAGUUUUGAUACCAAAUCCAAAUUAUCCUGCCAUGAAAACGCAACGACAGGACGGUGAUAUAUUCGAAUUCUUCAAUGGAUACAGAAAUAAUACAAUAGCUGUUGUUCCGAAUUCAACAGAAACAAUCAGCUUCUUAAAUUCAAUGAACACCCUGUGGCAGUCGAUGUGGGGCUCCUCAGGAAACCCUCUAAACUUCAUGGUAUUAGAGACCAAGGAUGAUCUCCAAGCUGCUUACUGGCGUGAUCCCUACAGCAUACCAUUGGCUGUGAUAUUCGAGGAUCCACAACCGAUUAGCCAUCGUUUGCAGUAUGAGAUCCGUACAAAUCCCUCGUACACAUCACCCCCGUCGCCCACAGAGUUCUACUCGUCUCCGGUGACCUGUCGAAAGGACACUAGCCACUGGCUGGGUGGCGUCCUGUCAUUAGAAACCGGUGGAUCAUGUCCUGUUAAUGAUUACUUUCACUCAGGAUUCAUGGCUCUACAGAUGUUGAUAGACAUGACAAAAAUUCGGCUCGACACAGGCAGCAGCGAGGUCACCGUGCCAGAUGUCAAGCUCGAGAUGUUUCCUAAGGAGGCUUACACAGCUAACUGGAUGCUAGCGUUUAGGGUUGUUAUACCACUCUACAUGGUCCUAGCACUUUCACAAUUUAUUACUUACCUUUUGAUAUUAAUUGUCGGGGAGAAGGAGAACAAGAUCAAAGAGGGAAUGAAGAUUAUGGGACUGAAGGACUCGGUAUUUUGGAUGUCCUGGUUCAUAAUCUACAGCAUCUUCGUGCUGGUGCUGUCUGCAGUGGCAGUAGUUCUGCUGUUCACCCUCCAGAUGUUCCAGCACACCCACUUUCUCCCUAUAUUUCUCCUAGUAGUCCUUUAUUCAUUCUCCGUGAUAAUGUUCGCGUUCAUGAUAACUCCGUUCUUCGAUAAGUCUCGGACUGCUGGGGUCCUGGGUAAUUUUGCUGUGACGAUUCUCAGUUUGAUGUACUUCAUCCAGGUAUUCGUGGAUGAUUCCUCCUCCAUCUCCUUCUGGGUGGUGUCAAUCCUGAGUCCAACAGGGGUGGCUCUGGCCAUGGACAAGGCUCUGGUGCUGGACCUCCAGGGGGAAGGGGUGAACUUUGAUAAUCUCUGGUCAGGACCGGGCAUCCCCUUCGGUGGAAGUCUCGUGAUGAUGACUCUGGAUAUCUUUCUAUACGGUCUCCUAGCUUAUUACCUCGACUCAGUGGUCCCCUCGGAGUACGGUGUGAAGAGGCCGCCCUGGUUCUGUUUCACGCGAGGCUAUUGGUGCAAGAAGAAGGUCCAGAGGAUUCCCUCAUCGAACGGUGAAUCGAACUCCUUCAUCCCGGAGGAGGAAGCAAACCGGGACGUGGAGCCAGUGGUCCGAGAGAUGAAGGGAAGAGAAGCGAUCAGGAUAGUCGACCUCUACAAAACGUACCACAAGUGUCGUAAACCCGAGAUCAAAGCAGUAAAUGGCAUCAAUUUGACGAUUUACGAGGGUCAGAUAACAGCAAUUUUAGGGCACAAUGGGGCGGGGAAAACAACGCUCUUCAAUAUUCUCACGGGUUUAACAGCCCCAACAGCGGGGACGGCACUGAUCUUCGGUUACGACGUGAGGGAUUCGAACGACAUGCAGAUGAUCAGGAGCAUGACGGGAGUUUGUCCCCAACACGAUAUUCUCUUUGAUCUUCUGACGCCGCGGGAGCAUCUUGAGUUCUUCGCUGCGGUCCGAGGUAUUCCCCGGUCGGAUAUCGAUAUUGAAGUGAAGAAGACCCUGAAGGAUAUCGAUCUGAUGGAGAAGGCGGACACCUUCGCGAAGUACUUGAGUGGCGGUCAAAAGAGAAAAUUAUCAGUUGGAAUAGCGAUAAUUGGAGAUCCCAAGAUAAUAAUCCUUGACGAACCGACAGCCGGGGUUGAUCCGUACUCCAGGAGGCAGAUGUGGUCGUUCCUGCAGUCGAGGAGACACGGCAAAGUCAUUCUCCUGACGACUCACUUCAUGGACGAGGCCGAUAUCCUUGCGGAUCGUAAAGCAGUAAUCAGCAGGGGAAAGUUGCGCUGCUGUGGGAGUUCACUGUUCUUGAAAAAUAAAUUCGGCAUUGGAUACCAUUUAACACUCGUCCUCGAGGGCAAUGGCAGGGUCCACGCAAUCUCCAGAUUGGUGACGUCACACGUUGCGAAAGCGGAAAAAGCAAGACGUCACGGAAGAGAAUUGAGUUUUAUCCUACCGCAUAAUUCAGUGGAGAACUUCGCUCCUUUGUUCUCAGCAAUUGAGAACGAGAUCAAGACUCGGGGGAGUAGACUGGGGAUAAGCAGCUACGGGGUUUCCAUGACAACCCUGGAGGAGGUCUUUCUUCACCUUGAGAAGGACGAGGAGACAGAGUGUACGAUGGAUAAUUUAUCCAAGAAGAUGGUGCGUAACCGAGCCUUGAGCAGAUCCCUAUCUCUACAAUCGAAGAGCACAUCGUACCAGAGUCUUCAGAACGAGGGUGCAACUGUCCAGGUCGACGGCCAGGUCAAAGGAACUGAAUUGCCUGACGGAGUGCACACAGACAAGAAUCCAGCGAUCCUAGGGCUCGGCCUGGAUCCCAUCAAGAUUCGGCCUAAUUUUUUCCAGACGCUGUACGCAAUGCUGAGACUCCGGGGCCUGAGACUCUUCCGGAAUAUCCAACUCCUGUACUUCACGAUCGUUGCACCCUUGGCCCUUGUUGUCCUGGGGCUGUACUUGAAGUCCGUACAAACGGUCGAAGUGAAAAUGCAGUCACUCGAGUUGAGUAACAAAACUUAUGGACAAGAGACGCGUAUUCUAUACGGAAAUCGAACUGAAAGGGAUAUUCUUCCCAUGAUGCAUCAAAUAAACCAGAGUGUUUUUGCCCUGAGGGAGUAUGAGGAGAACUACACGGAUCUUCUUACGAUAGCACCUCACAUGGCACUACUGAACAUCGAUGAUUAUGACAAACGCAGAAUUAAUCUGACGAUAAUGUACAACGACACGAUGCAGCACUCGUUGCCGAUACUCAUGAAUAUAAUUUCGAACUCUUAUUACAAGUUCCUGGCAGGCGACGCCUCGACCCUCAUCGAGGUGAGGACACAUCCGUUCCAGCAGACGUCCCAGCCACAAGAAUUUAAUAUAGGAAUAGCGAGUUCAGCCCUUUUCAUUGGGAUGGACUUUGUCCUAGUGCCAAUAACUCUGGCUGUUGACAUGGUGUACGAUCGAGAAAUCAAGACCAAGAAUCAGUUACGAGUGAAUGGCCUGUCCUUUCCCAUGUACUUCCUGACGUACUUCAUCGUUUUGGUCGGUCUGAUGUCGUUUAUUUGUCUUUGUAUCCUUGGAAUAAUAUUCCUGUUUGAUGUGCCAUCGUUGCAGGAGUUACCAGCAAUUCUGACUCUUGGUAGUCUUCUCAUGCUGUACUGUCCGUCUUCAAUUCUCUUUUCAACGUGCCUCAGCUACAUCUUCGACAAGAUGGAUUCGGCUCAGAGUAUUCUCCCUAAUAUAGCAACGUUCUUCGGUUUGAUUCCCUUUAUUCUUGUGAUGAUUCUUGAUAUGCUGGGACUUGGGGGUACAGCAGCAUUCGCCCUCCACUGUGUAUUCUCACUUUUGAACUCGAUGUACGUCCCGUACGCAGCUGUCUAUUACGUGGACAGAGUCCACCUCAUGUGCUCGAUCAACGCAGCUUGUCAUCACUUAUCGAUGUCGGAUUAUCUGACAGCUGAGAUUCUGGUGAUGGCCCUGGGAGUUAUCGUUCACUGUCCUCUCUGGUUCUUUGUCCUGCUGCUGCUGGACGUGAAGAAGUCCGGUGGAAACAUCAGUGAAGUCUUCAAGUACUUCUUGAGAAAUGGUGGAGCCAUUGGCGAGGAAAUCAUGGAAAACAACGACAUCGGUGAGCAUGAGGACAGCGAUGUGAAGAAUGAACGUCAGAAGGUCUUCAAUUUUAUAACGUCGUCGUCUGUGCAAGAGCCACCGGUGGUACUCGUUCAGAACCUGAGGAAGGAGUAUCGCCAGCAGGAGGCGGGCACUUCCUGCGGUUGCUGCAACAAGAGGGAUAUGCAGCAGGAGCAGGUGAUACAACCGAAAAAGGUGGUGGUGAGGAAUCUGUCGCUUGCGGUGGAGCCGGGGGAGGUGUUUGGACUCCUCGGUCACAAUGGGGCAGGCAAAACCACUACGAUGAAGAUAAUUAUUGCUGAAGAGGCUGCCACCAGGGGAAGGGUACAGCUCGGAGGACACAAUAUUCACUCCCACAUGGCGGAAGCCUUUCGGCAGAUGGGCUAUUGUCCUCAGCACGAUGCCCUCUGGAAGAACAUCACUGUGAGGGAGCAUUUAGAGCUCUAUGCAGCCCUCAGGGGAGUCCCGUGGAAGGACAUCGAUAGAAUCGUUGAUCUAUAUUUAUCUGGCCUUCAAAUUCAGGAACACGCUGACAAGCAGACGCAGGAGUGCUCAGGGGGCACCAGGAGGAAACUCAGCUUUGCUAUGGCGAUGGUUGGGGGCCCUAAAGUCGUACUCAUGGAUGAACCCAGCACUGGAAUGGAUCCGAGGUCCAAACGAUUCCUCUGGGACACUAUUCUUGCGAGUUUUCAGGGAGGCAGGGGCGCCAUUCUGACCACCCACUCCAUGGAGGAAGCUGAUGCACUUUGCUCAAGGGUCGGUAUCAUGGUGAAGGGUGAACUCAGGUGCAUUGGAUCCACUCAGCAUCUCAAAAAUCUUUAUGGGGCUGGUUAUACCCUCGAGAUGAAACUCCUCGGAGGUGACUCAACGCCCACAACACCCUCUGGGGAUCGCAUUGCUAGUCUCAAGGAGUUCGUUGCUGGAUUAUUUCCUGAUGUUACUCUUGAGGAGAGCUUUGCGGAUAGACUCGUUUUUGGGGUACCGCAGCACGCCGUUCAGUCCCUCGCUGAUUGCUUCAUGCAGUUGGAGAAAGCGAAAUUGGAUCUUGAUAUCGAGGAAUACAGCUUCAGUCAGACAACACUGGAGCAAGUAUUUUUGAAAUUUUCUCACUACGACGAAGUAAGCAGUGAAUUAUAAUGCAGAAGUUGAUAAUAACUUAGUUAUUGAAAUGCUCUCGAGCACGAGGAAAAAAAUAAUAGUGAUAAGAUAAGAUCCAUUCCAAGAUUGAAAAGAGACAUUGCCUCGAGUCCAAUGUUUGGAGGUGAAUGCGUUAGAUGAAAGUUUUAUUAAAUUGAGAGAUAGUAUCCGCGUGUGCGAGCUGUUGUGAAUUUUUCGCGUUCGUUUGAGUUCAUUGAAAGGGUCGGGGACCACAGGUGGAAUGUGUUCUACGAGUGAGUGAGCAAGUUAAUUGAUAAUUGGAUAAUAAAUAAAUUCAGUUACUUUGAAAAAUAAUGAAGAGGUCAUGUCUUCUCUUGGAGAAAAUGGAUUAAUUGAAUAAUGAUUAAUGAAUAUUUGAGAUUAAUUAGUGAGGAUAUCAGUCUGUACAUAGCGGCAUGACGCCUUGUUAAUUUUUAAACAAAAUAUAAAUUAUCCUUUCGGAAGUUUGUGUUUGGAAAAUGCGAGAAAAUGAGAUAAAUUAGAGUAUUUUUAUCCUUUCGGACAAUCGUCAUGAAUUUUCAUACAUCUGUGAUUAACACGAGAUUUAUCUGUCGAAGAAAACCAUGAUGCGGUGGAAGAAACAAUUUUUUUAUUAUUAUUUAUAUUAAGUAUUCAGUUAUUGUCUUGGGUGGAUCCGAGUUGCAAUAAAGUUAAGUGAAAAUUUUGAAGAUAUUUCGGAGAAUUUGAUAUCUGCUCCCUCCCCUGUGUGCAAUCAGAAUGUAUCUUGUACAUAAUAAUAGCACUUACAUAUCGUGAAUAUUGACUCUACACGAGAAAAAAAAAAUGCCCUCUUAAAAUUCCUCUAGGUCGUCUGAGUAUCCAAGACGCUAGAUUGUUCAUUCUCAAGAUAAACCUCUUGAUUUUCGAUUUGUAAAUGCUCAGAGAAAUAAUAAAGAAUUGUCUUUUUCUACUUGAAUACAAAAGUGUGCAUCCCGAGAGGGUGAUUAUUCAAGUUUUCAGAUCAUUGCAUUGUUGGGAGUUUAAUUGAAAUUUUUCGGAGGUACGCCCAAUUUUUUUAUUAAAAACCAUGAAAUAUAUUUAAUUUGAACGGAUUAGAUGAAUACCGCCAAAUGAAUUAAUUCAAUUGAAGACUAAUUGUUAUUAAAAAUUCUAA